UGCCGGGGCAUUUCUUUCUACCCUCAGCUGGGGCAGUUGUCUACCCUCACAGGGAGCUGGGGCAGUUCUUCCUACCCUCGGGAGGGGGGCAGUUCUCUGGGAGAGGAUGAAGUCUGGGUGCAGCUGGAAGACAGAAGAGUGAAGAUCAGCAGGAAGACGGACGGACAUGGACAAGCAGAAAGUUCUGGCCAGGCUGAUCUGGGACCUUCAGUCCUUCCUGUCGGUUCUGGACUCGGAGAACCUGAGCUACAUCGCUCAGGCGCAAAAGAAAUCCAUCUCAGAGCUGCUGUCCAGACUGCAGGGCCCCGAGAGCACAGUGGAAGAUGCUGAGUACAUGGUCAUGAGCUGUCCAUCGUUGUCUCCUAGCAACGAGCUGGCGGACUCACCGGGGACAGACGGUGUGCGAUCCUCUGAGCUGGCCUCAGACGAGGAGGCCCCCGCCCUGCCCCCCCUCCCCCCAGGGGGGCUCAGACGCCACGACGAGGAGGAGGACACGUACGAAGAGGCGGAGCCGUACGUGUCCUCGUCCCUCCCGGCAGAGGGGGCGGAGUCAGACAGCAGCCACUACGAGUCGUACGGCGAGGACACGGACGAGGGGGCGGAGCCGGUGAAGGACAGGGCCCACUACGUCCAAUGGAGCGCGUCGCAGCCGUGCCUGAGGCCCGCCCCCGAGCCGUCGCGCCUCUGCAGCUACCUGUGGAGGAGGAAGUGGCUCGGCCAGUGGGCCAAGCAGCUGUUCAUCGUCAGGGGUCACGACCUGCUGUGCUAUAAGUGUGCUCCGGACCUGCUGCCUCAGCUGGAACUGAACCUGCGCGGCUCUCAGAUCUUCUACAAGCAGAAGAACGGCAAGAAGAUCCAGCACCAGCUGAAGGUUCUGCCAGCAGGGGGCGACGCGCUGGUCCUGGGCUACAGCAGCUCCCAGCAGGCCGAGGAGUGGAGGAGGGUGAUGGAGGAGCUGAGCGUCGGGGUGGAGGUGGACACUCGCAGUCUUUCCUCCCUCAGUAAGUCGGAGCAGCGUCUGUCCUGCCGGUCCAGCACGGUCCUGACCGACUCCGAAGAGGAGAACCCUGCUGCUCCCUGCAGAUCCACCGCCGACAGAGGCUUCCUGAACGUCCUGAUGAACUGCCAGUGGCAGAGUCUGCGUUGCCAGGUGGAGGACGGCGUCCUCAACAUGUUUGCGGGGGCGGAGCCGGGGGCGGAGCCGGACCCGGGGGCGGAGCCGGACCGGGACCCGGGGAAGGUUCUCCUCAGUACACGGUGCGGCUGCAGGGCUGCGAGGUGGCGGACGGGCCCGACGCGCCGCGCUCCCUGCGGAUCACACUGAGCGCGCUCGGAGACCGGCUGGCGGUUCUGGAGGUCGGCGGCUCGGAGGAGAAGCGGCGCUGGAUGAAGCUGCUGCGGGACGGCGCCGCCGCCCACCGUAGCCAUGGAGACCAGAACGCCGCGCUCACAGGCGGAGCUCUCAG